CGCCCUCCUCGCCAGCCGCGGAUUGGCCUGCGACAGCACUCGUCGGUCGCGGUUGUGUCUGGGAAGGAGAGAAAAUGGCGGCGGAGCCGAGCAAGACCGAAAUCCAGACUCUUUUUAAGAGACUUCGCGCAAUUCCAACCAACAAGGCCUGUUUCGACUGCGGCGCCAAGAGCCCGAGCUGGGCCAGCAUCACGUAUGGUGUCUUUCUGUGCAUCGACUGCUCCGGGGUGCACCGUUCCCUGGGGGUGCAUCUGAGCUUUAUCAGGUCCACAGAGUUGGAUUCCAACUGGAGCUGGUUCCAGCUGAGGUGUAUGCAAGUCGGCGGGAAUGCUAACGCGACAGCCUUUUUCCGUCAACACGGAUGCACAGCCAAUGAUGCCAACACCAAAUAUAACAGCCGAGCUGCUCAGAUGUACCGGGAGAAGAUCCGGCAGCUGGGGAGUGCGGCCCUGGCUAGGCAUGGCACCGAUCUUUGGAUAGACAACAUGAGCAGUGCUCCUGGUCACUCCCCAGAGAAGAAGGACUCUGAUUUCUUCAGUGAACACACUCAGCCCCCUGCCUGGGAUGCAACCACCGCAGAGCCUUCAGGGACCCAGCAGCCAGCCCCGCCUGCAGAGAGCAGUAACCUGGCACAGCCGGAGCAGGGCCCCAACACUGACCUGCUUGGUUCCUCGCACAAGGCCUCGCUGGCGUCCAUGUAUCUGUCAGCUGCAGGGGCCCCUCCCGCCCGAGAUCUCAAAAGCUCCAUCAUCGGCAAGAAGAAGCCGGCAGCAGCCAAGAAGGGGCUGGGGGCCAAGAAAGGCCUGGGGGCCCAGAAGGUGAGCAACCAGAGCUUCAACGAGAUCGAGCGGCAGGCCCAGGUGGCGGAGAAGCUCCGUGAGCAGCAGGUGGCAGAUGCCAAGAAGCAGGCGGAGGAGUCCAUAGUCGCCUCCAUGCGCCUGGCCUACCAGGAGCUCCAGAUUGACCGGAAGAAGGAGGAGAAGAAGCUGCAGAACCUGGAAGGGAAGAAGCGGGAGCAGGCCGAGAGGCUGGGCAUGGGCCUGGUGUCCCGCAGCUCUGUCUCCCACUCCGUGCUGUCUGAGAUGCAAGUGAUCGAGCAGGAAACCCCAGUGACUGCGAAAUCCUCCCGCUCGCAGCUGGACUUGUUCGAUGAUGUUGGAACCUUUGCCUCUGGGCCCCCAAAGUACAAGGACAACCCGUUUUCCUUGGACUCCUUUGGUUCUCGUUGGGACACAGAUGCCACUUGGGGAAUGGACAGGGUGGAAGAGAAGGAGCCAGAAGUGACCAUCUCAAGCAUCCGGCCUAUUUCAGAAAGAGCCACGAACCGGAGGGAGGCGGAGAGCCGGAGUGCGGGUGUGGAGCCCAGCGAAGCGCAGCAGAAGUUUGCGGGCGCUAAGGCCAUCUCAUCAGACAUGUUCUUCGGGCGGGAGGUGGACACUGAGUAUGAAGCCAGGUCCCGGCUGCAGCAGCUCUCGGGCAGCAGCGCCAUCAGCUCUGCAGACCUCUUUGGGGACACGGAUGGAGCUCAUGCAGCAGGAAGCGUGUCUCUGGGGAACGUGCUCCCCACCGCCGACAUUGCACAGUUUAAGCAGGGUGUCAAGUCUGUGGCUGGCAAGAUGGCCGUGCUGGCCAACGGGGUGAUGAACUCACUGCAGGAUCGCUACGGUUCUUACUGACCCCAGCCCCGGGGCUCAAGCCUGUGGUGGUGUCAGCAGCAGGAGCCCUGUGAUUCCCAGGCUGGUGGCACCUGCCUGGUGGGCGCUGGGGAAGACUGGCGACUUCUCUGUGGUGUGCGAGUGGGGGGCCUUGAGGACCCGAGGGCGCCUUUGCUAGCCCCCGCCUCCGCCUGUGGAUCGCCCCUCCUCGCUCCCUCCGGCCGCCUCCACGCCAUCGCCCUUGGGCCCUGCCCGCAGCUGCUGCUCCCCUGGCUGCGCUGGGAGGAGGGCGGGUGCCCCGGCGCCGCUUCUCCAGUCAGCGUGUCCCUUAGGGAAGCGGACAGCCCAAGGCUUCCGCCAGCUUUCUGGGGUCAGGGGCUCCCUCUGCUCUGUGGUGGGGAGGUGCCCCCUUGGGAGGCCCUGGACUUUCCCUUCUGUCACUGGUGGCCUCUUCUGGGUGCCAGGGAGGACAGGAGGGGGAGGACCUUGGGGCCUAAGGGCUAGAGACUACCUGGCACUUUCCUUUCGGUUUCCUUGGGACGGCCUAGAGGCCUGAGUGAUCCUCUCCUGUCCCCACCAUCGCCACCGGGGAGGCUGCCUCCUGCUGUCUCAGCCCCAUGUCACUGUGGCCACUGUACCCUUGUCUGCACCCGAGACCCUGCCCACCUUCCCUGGUUGGCAAUGGCCACCAUGGUCUCGCCCACCCUGUCUGGUGCCAGGGAGACGGGAGAUGGGGUAGAGCUGGCCCAGCUCAGCUUCCUCCUCUGCAUUCUCCUGGGCUGGGGGCUCGGCCAGCAACCCAGCAGCAAGCACUCGGGGCUGCAGCAGGCCCCGCCUCCUGCAGCUGGGCUGCGCACUGUCAUCUUGGUGCCAUCUUCGCCCUGCGGCAGUCCAGGCCUGGCCCCUACCCGAGGGUGGCAAGUUGGGCCCCAGCAACGCAAGACCACUCGGCCUCCCCCAGAGGGACAGCUGCUUUCAGGACUGUUUGUAUUGAAACAAAGCAGUGUAAUAAAGCCCCCACGGGGCCUGUGUCAGCAA